AUUCAAACGACAGUUGAGUAAAACGAUGAAAGAGAGAAAGAGAGGAAGAGACAAUCGAGCGCGUUACAUCGAUACGCGCCGCUUAGCGACCGCGUCGAACAGUUUGCGUCGGCGGAUCCACGAUGCAAAAUGUCGAGAAUCACGCUCGAUUUAUUACGAAAGCGUUCGGAGCACAACGAGGGCGAGAUUUCAACGCUCGAGGAGAUCGCGUUGCAUCAAGAAAACAUCGAGAAGAUCGAACUGAUCGACCGAACGUGCAAGCAUUUGAAAAUUCUCCUGCUUCAGAACAAUCUGAUAUCGAAGAUCGAGAAUCUGAGCAAGUUGAAAAGGUUAGAGUACUUGAAUUUAGCGCUGAACAACAUAGAGACGAUCGAAAAUUUGCAAGGGCUCGAGAGCUUGAAAAAGUUGGAUCUAACGGUGAACUUUAUCGGUGAUCUUCGUGGCAUCAAAACGUUAAGGUACAACGAAGGCUUGGAGCAGCUGUUCUUGAUGGGAAAUCCGUGCGCGGAUUACGAAGGGUACAGGGAAUACGCGAUCGCCGUUCUAACGCGAUUGAAGGAGCUAGAUGGUACGCCGAUCGACAGAUCCGAACGGAUAAGAGCGUUGCAAAGUUACGCCGAGACCGAAGGGGAGAUCGUACGAAGUUACGCGAGAUACAAGAAAAUACGGGAAGCGGAAUUACUCGAUUAUCACGAACAAACUGCCAAGUCACGAGCAGAUCGAAAAGUCGUGGACGCGGAGGAACAUCGCCACGAGGAAGAGAGGAAGGAGCGAGGGGAAAAAGAAGAAAACGAGGAGGAGGAAGAGGAUGAAUCGUUUUGGAACCGAACCAGUCGUCACACGCCGGAGGAACGCGUCGCCAUUGCGGAACGGUUUAUGCAAAAAGAAAAACGAAGAAACCGGGAGAAAGAUCGGAACGUCGAACGGCGAACUACCUACAAGCUGAAGAUGUUCGAUCUACAGGGUAAACCGUACAACAUGAAUCAGCCGAAGGUGCCGUUUAAAUUGAACGAGGAGCAGUACAGCGACCGCAUCGUGUUGGAGGUGGCUCUGUACAAACAUUUAGACACUUGCCACGUUGACGCGGACGUGCAUCCUGAGUACGUGCGCGUCACGAUCAAGGGAAAGGUACUGCAGCUGACCCUGCCAUGCGAGGUAUCGGUGAAGGAUAGCACGGCUCGGAGAAACACGACGAACGGCAGAUUAGUGGUAACGAUGCCGCGCUUGAAUCCGUUACCUACGAUCGUCCCUUUGUGCAAGCAGGCGAUCAAAGAGGAACCCGACCGACGUAGAACGACGAUCGAACGGCGAUCGACGACAAGCGUACGCGAGUACUUGGAGAUAGGUCCGUCGCGAGCGAGCGACUUGGACUUUUCGAGAAUCGUGGCAGAGCCGAUGGUCGACGGGCAAAAGGAAAAUCGUUGGAAGCCGAAAGACGAGAAAGUUUGCAGCGACGACGAUUCGGAAGUACCGCCGCUCGAAUGAAAGCCAGUUCUCGUGUCAGGCGGUGCUCACCUUGAACGGAUCCCGAAAAUCGAUAUCUUUGGUUUCCUUCAGUCCCAACGGUAUCAUCGGCAUUGCCGGUUCCUCGCUAAAGACAGAAAAACACAGACGCACAGAGUCAGGCUAGUUGGUUCGAGCGGCAUCUUAGGUUCUUACGUUUAACGUUGAAAUCGCACGGAGAACGAUAAUCUCACCGACCUGUCGACAUUCUGAUAAAGUUCGACCGAGCUGUUCAACUCGGCGAGCUGUUCCUUCAGCAACUGCAAGUUCGAAUUGACGAAACUCAAUUCCAGCGCAACGGUCUCUCGCAGCUUUCUGUUGGUCGUGGCCCUGAAACGUAAAACGUACACGUGAGUGUGAGCGGCGCGCAUCGUACGAGUCGUAGAAGGAGAAAGGCAGUUACUUGAAGAGGUUCUCCGCGCCGGCUCGCAACCGAAGCUCCUUGUUGAUCUCCUGAUUCAGUUUGCUUCGUUUGUUCUGCAAUUUUCCUCGGCAAGUGGCCACCCUAGGAUCGGAGCCCUGCACAGCCAGUUGAACGUGCCGGUUACCAAUCGUGACGCGAGAGUUGGCUCGAGUCGAAACUGCUGCCAAGAUCGUCGCUCAUACGAUAUCGCGCGUUACCAUCGCGAAAAGACGAGCGACCAAAGUCCUAUCGACAGGAGAGCCGAAGCUCGACCGAGUUCGGUGCGAAAGAGACUCGGGGCCUCGAUUAGAGGCAAUCGCGAGCUGUAAACGUGCGAUCGAUUCCCAAACAAAAGAACGUGAUUCGAAUAUAUUUCUCACCCCCA